AUGGCGUCGUGUAGAGUCUCUCUCUCUCUCUCUCUCUCUCUCUCUGUGUCCUCGUAUACGUCCACACACUACAUCUUCAAGUACAUUCCCCUUCCCUUCCCCCCAUCUCCCAUAAAUCCCCUCCUAUACCCCCAGGAUGUGUCCCUAUAUUCAUCUACCACCUAUACACCCGGCUCCUAUCAACAGCUCCCGGUGCAUCAUCAGACCGCAGCCACGUUGUGGCAAUAA